AUGGCAAGUACGGAAGCUAAUCCCAUACGCAGCUUGGGUUUUGGCGAUCCAGUAGUCUUUCCUCUCCGCGCCCUGGUAUCUGAUUUGCGUACCCGGAUAGAAGACACCGAUGCACCCUCCGAGGCUACUGACAACGGCAACCCAGAACCCCAUUUCAAACCUGCCCCCCUCGGAGAUAGGAUGAGUCCGCCAACAGGAAAUACCAACCCUACAAUGGGGCCAGGAUGGGAAGACCGGAUCAAUGCAUGGCGCCAAGUUGCAUCCCAUCAGCUUAGUGAUACUGCGUCCUCACGAAGUCCGGACGAUCGCUCAGCCCUCGCUAGCCCGGUUGAUGAUGGAAGCUGGUCAUCGGAAUCUCCUGUUCCAGUAGUCAAGGUGGAGGACCCUGAAUCUCAUAUGCCUGACGCACCUACAUCAGCUGCCAAGACUGACAUCGGUGAUCCACUCGCUGAUGAACAGGCCGUUGCUACCCUAGGAUCUCCGGUUUCUGUCAAGCAAGAGGAGCAAUCCCUCGCUGAUGAACAGGCCGUUGCUACCCUAGGAUCUCCGGUUUCUGUCAAGCAUGAGGAGCAAUCGGAUGAGGAUCUUCUACGAAUCGUGUCUCCACAAGAAUGA